GUGAUUUAAAAUUGAAACCUAAAUUGAACUUGAUAUAUUAGCAUAUAUUGUGAUAAGAUUAGGGAUUAAUAUAAAACUUUCAUAAAUGACUAAAUACUCGCUGAAAUCCAAGUCAUUCACGUCUAGACCAGUGACCAGAAUGGAUGAACUCCUCGAUGACACCAGAGAUGUACACUUUUUUGUUACCUGUGCUCUGGGAGCUCAUGGUGACCAGGGUCUUGUUAUGCAACUUCAGCCCCACCUGCAAGAGUUUGAACAGCAAUUAACCUGGGUCUUAAUUCACCAACCGUUAACUUCCGGCGCUUUCCUACAAAUGACGCCAAUUCCAGUGCCGCCACCACUACAUGUGAUUCGUUAUGUCAAUAGGAUAUUACAACGAAUCAUACCCGGAGGUCAACUAAGACGCUCAGUGGAUGCCAUUCAAGCA